AUGAUGCUGCGACGCGUGUUUUGUUUUCUGGUUUUGCUUCUUAGCAUUACCUGUGUGUGUGUAGCGAACGAGGAGACUAAAGAAGAGGCACCUGGUCUUGCUGCUCAUCCUAAUCCACUCCCAUCUUCGGGUGAUCUUCCUUCUGGUUCUCCUGCUACUUGUCCUAGUGAUGCUGAUGGUGGUAGUAAUGCUGGUUGUCCUCCUGAGAGUCCUAAUGAGUCUUGUUCUCCUAAUUCUUCUGCUUCUGCGGGUGCUCUACCUCAAUGUACUGAAUCUACAGCAAAGGGACCAGCUACAGCUGAAACGCAAAUACCUGUUGAUGGUCGUGUAGGUGAAACUGGUAAACAAGGCCGUGGUGAUGCAGUUGCUAAUCCCUCUCACCGUAUUGCUGAACCUGGUAACGAUAAUGGUGAAGCAGGUUCCAAUGGUUCUCCUGGAAAUAAA